AUGGAUCGUUCAAAACCAUUCGAAAACCGCAUGGCUGCCUUUAAAAAUAGAGGUGCCAUGAAACAGGAUGAGAUCCGUCGUCGUCGAGAAGACAUGACUGUAGAGCUGCGCAAACAGAAGCGUGAGGAAUCGUUUGCCAAGCGUCGUAAUAUGGCUCUGAUUGCUGGCACUCAGUCCGAGUCGGAUGACGAAGGGUUUUCUACCAACCAGGAUCUGCAUCAGCAACUCACUACCAUGGUUGCUGGACUUAUGUCGUCUGAAGUUGAGGAUCAGUACAAUGCUACCUCUCGUUUCCGUAAAUUACUUUCCAAAGAAAAAAAUCCUCCUAUUGCAGAAGUCAUCAAUUGUGGUGUGAUUCCUCGCUUUGUCGAGUUUCUACGUUCUGAAAAUCCUUUGAUUCAGUUUGAAGCGGCAUGGGCACUUACCAAUAUUGCAUCCGGCUCGUCUAAUCAGACAAAAGUUGUGAUUGAUGCUGGUGCAGUUCCCAUUUUUGUGGACUUGCUUCGCUCUCCAACCCCUGAUGUCAAGGAACAGGCUGUCUGGGCUCUUGGUAAUAUUGCUGGUGACAGUGUCGAAUGCCGUGAUCGUGUUCUUGCUGCUGGUGCACUUCGUCCUCUUCUUGAAAUUCUCAACGACUCAAACUAUAAACUGUCAAUGCUACGCAACGCUACAUGGACUCUCUCCAACUUUUGUCGUGGAAAAAAUCCUCAACCUGACUGGAACACUAUUCGUCCAUGUUUGCCUGUUCUUGCCAAACUGGUCCACUCGAACGAUGAGGAGGUACUAACUGAUGCGUGCUGGGCCAUCUCAUAUGUUUCGGAGGUGUCUAACGAAAAGAUCCAAGCUGUUAUUGAAGUUGGUGUUUGUCGUCGUUUGGUGGAACUGUUGUUGCAUCCAUCGUACUCUGUACAAACUCCCGCUUUGCGCUCUGUUGGAAACAUUGUUACUGGUGAUGACAUGCAAACUCAAACUAUUAUUCAAUGCGGCGCUCUUAACUCGUUGCUUGCUUUGCUUUCCAGCCCCAAAGAUGGUAUUCGCAAAGAGGCUUGCUGGACAAUUUCCAACAUCACCGCAGGAACGACCCAUCAGAUCCAAGCUGUGAUUGAGGCUAACCUGGUACCUCAUCUUAUUUCCAUUCUUGCACGCGGUGAUUUCAAGACUAAAAAAGAAGCCUGCUGGGCUAUUUCUAAUGCUACAUCUGGUGGAUUGAACAAACCUGAGCAAAUUCGAUACCUUGUGCAACAGGGUUGCAUUAAACCUUUGUGUGAUUUGCUCACCUGCCCUGAUAACAAGAUUAUUCAAGUUGCGCUUGACGGACUUGAAAACAUUCUCAAAGUGGGUGAAAUGGACGAGCAAGAACAACACAAUGGUAACCAGAUGGCUCUUUUCAUUGAAGAGGCUGGUGGUAUGGAAAAGAUCCACGAGCUGCAAAUGCACGAGAACACGGAAAUCUAUCGCAAAGCAUACUCUAUUAUUGACAAAUAUUUCAACGAUGAGAAUGACGAGAGUGCUGGUGUUGCACCAGAAGUUAACCAGAACACCGGUACAUUUGCAUUCUCUGCUCAAGCAAAUGUUCCUCAAGGUGGAUUUAACUUUUGA